UGUUGUGCAAUGCGGUGGUGGACAUUGGCGGGUGUCCGGGUAGCGGCCCCGUGCAGACUCCUUGGGAUCCGCAGUAGACACUUCCAUCAUGUCCCCGUCCUUCCGCAGGAGACUUUGGAGCUGUGGGCGCCUCGGCGCGGACAAACAAGCGAACCUCUCUACUAUGUGGACGGAACUGUUGGCCUGGGAGGUCAUUCCCGCCUGCUGCUCGAUGCGUCGCCCACCGCUCGGUUGCUGUGCAUUGAUCGCGACCCUGAGAUCCUUGACCAAGCCAAGCGUUCGUUGGCGCGGUUUUCAGAUCGGGUGGAUUUCGCGCUUGGAUCUUACAUGGACAUCAAGACUCAUUUGUCCCAUGCAGGAUUCCCAGACGCCGUCGACGGUAUCCUCGUCGACUUGGGGGUCAACAGCCACCACUUGGACGCGGGAGAACGGGGCUUUAGCAUCUACCACGACGGCCCUUUGGACAUGCGCUUCGAUCAGUCAGUGCAUACGCCCACUGCCGCCGACCUCGUGAACACUCUGUCGGAAGUGGCUAUGAUCAAGAUCUUCACUCAGUAUGGGGAAGAGCCCCUGGCGAAGGAAUUUGCCAAAGCGAUUAUCCGACGGAGGGGGACAAAUCCCUUUGAACGAACCGACCAACUCAAACGGUGCAUUGAAGCCAUUGCCGAAAAAUGGAAAUCUCCUAAAAAAGCAGCCCCCAAAACAGGGAAAAAACCCAUUCAUCCCGCCACUCGAGUCUUCCAAGUAUUCACAAUACUUCAUAUCUAUCACAGUAUUAUGUAUAUAUAUAUAUAUGUACUGCGUAGGCAUUGCGCAUUGCCGUCAACUUUGAAUUGGAUCACCUUGAAAAAGGCGUACCAGCGUUUCUCGAGUGUUUGGCAGUCGAUGGUCAAUUGGCUACCAUUGCCUUCCAUUCCCUCGAAGAUCGAUGGAUCAAGCGAUACUUUCGAGACGUGGUGGACGACACCGAGGAGUUUAAACUGACGCAGCGCAAAGCUAUCCAAGCGACAAACGAUGAAGUGCUGGGAAACCCACGGAGUCGAAGCGCCAAGUUACGCGGCAUCAAGCGGAUCGUAUCGCUGGCACAAGAAUAAUAGUAUAUUACACCAUUCAGAGUAAUAUAUUGCAUUUUAGAGUAUUACCGAUA